AUGCAAUACGGAAUAUUAUUUAUGUUUUUGUCAACUGUGACAAGUUUCAACUAUUUACCAGAAAUUGAGAUUGACUUAAGUGCUACUCCAAAAUAAAGAUGGAAAUUAGCAGUCAGAACCAUACUUGACUUAUAUGGAUAUUAAAAUUCUUUUGGUCCAGUCUUCGAAUAUCAUAAUAAAAAUACAUUCUAUAUCUUGGAACCAUAAGACUAUAAAACUAUAGCAAAUGCAAUUAGAACACAUUAUCCUGAAUAUUCAUAAGAAUUAGAUGGAAUUGUAGAAGAAUUCAAUAGAAACGAAAUUACAUUUGAAUAUUUAUCUGCUUGGGCAUAUUUUCAUGAAAUUGCUCAUAUAUCAGCUGAAAUCAUUGAAUCCACAGCUGUUCUACUAUCAACUGCUGAUUAAAUUAUACAUGGUAGAAAUAUGGAUCAAGGUCCACCUUAAAUUAGAAAUAUAACUUUACACUUGAUCAUAAAAAAGGAUGGCAAAUAUUUAGGUGAAUCAGUUGACUGGUAAUGGUUCAAAGUAGGAUUUGUUACUUUACUUAAAUAUAAUGUUGCAUCACUUGAUUAAAAUUGGAAAUUUAGUGAUCCUCUCACCAAAGACUAACUCUUUACAUUUAUUGAAUAAGGAGUACCCUCUUUAGCUUGGGAAUAUAGAUAUGUGUUAAUUAAUGAUAAUUUGAACACUUUCGAUAGAGUUGUCUUAUAUUUAGAAUAAAAUUAAGUAGCUUGUGCCAUUUAUAAUGUUAUUGGAGGAACAAGUAAAAAUUAAGGAGUAAUUAUCUCAAGAGAUCCAUUCGAUAUGAAUCCAACAAUUAGUUUGAAUACUUCUAUUCUAGGUUAAACUAAUUAUUAAUACUUGGUAUAAACCAAUUAUGAUCAUUGGUUACCAGACCCAUAGAAUGAUUAAAGAAGAACUAUUGCUGAAAAUUUAUUAGGAUAGUUAUAGACUAAUCUAAGGAAUGAAUUUGGAGUUUUUACUGUGAUGGACACAUAUCCAAUUCAUAAUGAGGGCACUUUCUAUACUAUAAUAAUGAAUGCUAAAUAUAAUAGGUUGAUAGCAUUUGGAUAACCUAGUAUUACCUAAACUGAUAAUUGA